GCUCCAUUUUGUUAUAAAUUAGUGUGAGAGCGUGUGGUGUUGUGGAAACUUCACAACCCACUUAAAAUUGUGAAAUAAUUAACUUAAAAAUACAAAAAAAUAUAAAAAAUAGUUUUAAAAAAUACCAAAAAAAAUCGCAAAACAGUGGAAAAAAAGUAAAAUAACAAACGAUUAAAGAAAUUUUUUCGUUUCAUAUGUUUGUUGAGUGUCUGUAUUUCUAGUGUAGCGGCUAAAAAAUGAAUCCAGGCGCCCCAAAUUACCCUAUGGCGUCUCUGUAUGUCGGUGAUUUGCAUUCCGAUAUCACCGAGGCCAUGCUCUUUGAAAAGUUUUCAUCGGCUGGCCCCGUUCUAUCCAUCCGCGUCUGCAGGGAUUUGAUAACCCGCAGAUCUUUGGGUUAUGCUUACGUUAAUUUCCAACAACCUGCUGACGCUGAACGUGCCCUAGACACUAUGAAUUUCGACUUGAUCAAAGGCAGGCCCAUUCGUAUUAUGUGGUCCCAACGUGACCCGUCCCUGCGAAAAUCCGGUGUUGGUAAUGUUUUCAUCAAGAACUUGGACCGAUCCAUCGAUAACAAGGCUAUGUACGACACUUUCUCCGCCUUCGGUAACAUUCUCAGCUGCAAAGUGGCCCAAGACGAGAGCGGAGUCAGCAAGGGCUACGGUUUCGUCCACUUCGAAACCGAAGAAGCCGCCAAUAAAUCCAUUGAAAAGGUAAACGGUAUGCUGUUGAACGGCAAAAAGGUCUACGUUGGUCGUUUCAUCCCGCGCAAAGAGAGGGAAAAGGAAUUGGGCGAGAAAGCCAAGCUCUUUACAAACGUUUAUGUGAAAAAUUUCGGAGAGGACUUGUCCGAGGAACAGCUUAGAACCAUGUUCGAGAAGUACGGCAAGAUCACCAGCUACAAAAUUAUGAGCAAGGACGAUGGGAAAUCUAAAGGGUUCGGUUUCGUCGCUUUCGAGAGUCCCGAGGCUGCCGAAUCAGCUGUCGAAGCCUUAAAUGGCAAGGAAAUAUUGGAAGGCAAGCCUCUGUACGUGGGAAGGGCCCAGAAGAAGGCCGAGCGCCAACAGGAAUUGAAGCGUCGCUUCGAAGCCCUGAAAAUGGAAAGGCUGAACCGCUACCAAGGCGUGAAUCUAUACGUGAAAAACUUGGAUGAUACCAUAGACGACGAGCGCCUCCGCAAGGAAUUCUCGCCGUUCGGCACCAUCACGUCCGCCAAAGUAAUGAUGGAAGAAGGCAGGAGCAAGGGCUUCGGCUUCGUGUGCUUCUCCUCGCCGGAGGAGGCCACCAAGGCCGUAACAGAAAUGAACGGCAGAAUCGUCGGCACGAAACCGCUGUACGUCGCCCUGGCCCAACGCAAGGAGGACCGCAAGGCCCAUCUGACGUCCCAAUACAUGCAACGCAUGGCGAACAUGCGCAUGCACCAGAUGGGCCAGUUCAUCCAGCCGGGCGGCUCGAGCGGCUACUUCGUGCCCACCAUCCAGGCGACGGCGCCGCGUUUCUACGGGCCGGCCCAGAUGCCGAUUCGCACGAGCCCGAGAUGGCCGGCGCAAACGCCCGUGCGGCCCGGCGCCCAAGGGAGCACAGCCACCUACACCGGCAUGCAGAACAGCUACAGGGCCGCCGCCCGACCGCCGGGCCAAUCCACGAUGCGCAGCAACAUCAGCGUUCCGCGACCUAUCACCGGACAACAACCACCAAGUAUGCACGGUCGUCCACUUGUUGGACAAGGUGUGGCUGCUGCUGGAAAUCGUGCCAACUUCAAAUACACCGCCAACAUGCGUAAUCCACCGCAAGCAUUGUUGUCCGGAGCUCAAGCUCAAGUACAACAAGCAGUCCACAUUCAAGGGCAGGAACCCCUUACUGCUACCAUGUUGGCCGCCGCUCCUCCGCAGGAGCAGAAGCAGAUGUUGGGAGAGAGAUUGUUCCCUCUCAUCCAAAGGAUGUACUCCGAUUUGGCUGGUAAAAUCACCGGUAUGUUGUUGGAGAUCGACAACACGGAGUUGUUACACAUGUUGGAACAUCAAGAAUCGCUUAAGAACAAAGUUGAAGAAGCCGUGGCUGUACUCCAAGCCCAUCAAGCUAAACAAGCUGCUAUAAAAAAAGAUUAAAUCAUUGCCUUUCUAAAAAAUAAAAACGAAAAUAUAAAAAUUGCAAACAGUCUUAUGACAAAAAAAAUAAAAAAAAUAAAAAUACCGCUACUUAACAAUCCAAUAUUAAGAUUCUCGACCUGAGAACAACAACUUUGAAAAAUUUUUCGUUUGUAUUUUUGCUUAGAUAUUUGCAAUUUUGACUUUUUUUUAAUCUAUGAAAAAUUGUUAAAUGACAGUGCUUUUCUUUUAUUUUAUUAAAGAAAGCAUUAAAUUGUAUACAAUUUUAAUUUGAUUUAUUUCUUAAAUAUUUCCUUGGAAAAAAUAAAGUAUUUUACUUCAUUCUAUUUUGGAAUAUUAGUUUCUUACUUGAAUUUCAAUUUUAUGGUUUAAGGAGUUAUUUUCAUUUACCUAUUAUGAACAAUUUUCACUCGGUUAAAAUAAUGUAUUCUUGGACUAAAAGUAAAUUGGUUUGAAAUUA